UUAGCCCAAGUCUUCAUAUACCUUAUGUCUGAACUAUACACGCGAGCAGUUCAUUACCUCCGGCGUAAGCUUCCCUUGACGCUCCAGAAGAAAAUACCAUCGCCAGGUAUCACCGAUCAGUUGACAUACAAAUACAGACAGACCUAGCUUUGUGCAUACUAGUCUUCUGGAAACGUACUUGAUAAUGGAGCUAAGUGGACAAGAAGAUAUUAAAAAGGACAGUGACGAUACUCGGAUAGUUGGGAAGACAAAUGAAGGCUUCGAUAGCGAUGUUGUUAAGGAGCUAUCUCACCAAGAUAAAACUCACGUCAAUGGUCAAUCAGGACGAAGACGAGUAUCAUAUGCCUCCGACAAGAAUCGGAAAGCGUCCCAGGAAAAUGACCUCCCUAGUGUUGAUUUAAAAGAAGAGGAUGAAACGGCUCAGCCCUUUUUGUUUACCGUCAGUGAAACACCCCCAUUACACAUGCUCCUUCUAAUAGGAUUCCAGCAUGCUCUACUCUCAUUGUCCGGGUCACUCGCCGUCGUCCUUAUCGCCGCUGACGUCAUUUGUGCUAAAGAUGACCCGGAGUUUAUAUCACAAAUGCUAAGCUCCACGCUUUUCGUAAAUGGUGUAUCCACGAUUCUGAUGGUGACCAUUGGAGCCAGGUUACCAUUGUACCAGGGAGCGUAUGGAGGAUACAUAAUUCCCUUACUCACACUAAUGCAGAUUGACCCUAAUCGCUGUUCUAUUACACGUCCGGCAGACACACCACUAAACUCCAGUUUAGGGUUUAACUCCACAACCACACCGAUAUCGUUCAAUGAAGAACAAGCAAAGAAAGAUCUCAUCAUGUCAUAUUUCAACGAGAUACAAGGUUGCCUUAUGAUCGUUGGCGCUAUUCACUUCCUGGUUGGCAGUACUGGCCUCGUGGGCGUAUUGCUAAGAUACGUUGGGCCAAUCACUAUUGUCCCCAGUAUACUACUGCUGGGAAUAUACGUGGCCGAACCUGUCAUGAGCUUUGUUGUCCCACACUGGGGGAUGUCACUUCUGACAUGCGCUAUAGGAUUUAUUCUGGCUUUUUACCUGGCUAACUGGAAGAUGCCUAUAGCAAUAUGGACUAGAACAAAGGGUUUCCAUAUCAUCCGCUACCCUUUUCAUCAGAUAUACGCCAUCCUAAUAGCGAUCGUCAUCUCCUGGUUAAUCAGCUUUAUCAUAACAGUGGCCGGUGGUUUUACGGACGAUCCGACAGACAAAGGCUACCAGGCUAGAACGGACGCCAGACUUGACUCAGUCACUAAUGCGAAAUGGUUCUUCUUCCCUUAUCCCGGAUUAUAUGGGAAUCCAUCCUUCAGCUCAACUGUCUUCGUCGGCUUUCUCAUUGCGACCUUCAUCUCUAUCCUCGACUCUAUCGGAGAUUACUACGCAUGCGCAGCCACAUGUCGUGUUCCACCCCCGCCAUCGUUUGCCGUUAAUAGAGGCAUAGCUGUUGAAGGGUUUUGUACCGUGCUGUCUGGGUUACUGGGCUGUCCCCAAGCAACAACCACAUAUGGAGCAAACAUAGGGGCCAUCGGCAUCACGAGGGUAUCCAGUCGCAGUGCUUUUAUUAUAACCGGUAUAAUCUACAUCAUCUUUGGGAUAAUAGGGAAGAUCUCUGCCGUUUUUGUCACUAUCCCCUACCCUGUCUUGGGAGGAGCACUAAUCAUCAUGAUGGGCAUGUUUAACGGGGUUGUGUUAUCCAAUUUGGUCUCCGUGGAUUUAACCUCUUCCAGGAAUCUUGCUAUAAUGGGAGUCUCUAUUCUGAUGGGCCUUCUCGUCCCUCUCUGGGUAAAAAAAUACCCGAAUGACAUUAGCACAGGGAACACUGAAGUGGAUUUUAUUUUGAAGGGACUUUUAGGAAAUCCUAAUUUUUCGGGAGCGAUACUAGCUUGUUUUCUGGAUAAUACCGUACCAGGAACACUGGAGGAGCGAGGGAUUGCCGCCUGGCAGAACCAGGGAGGGGACGAAUCUGGGGCGACAAUCGACUAUGUAGAAGGGGAAGAACUGUAUGAAACCUGGUUACCUAGGGCAAUAAAAGAAUGGAAAGGUCUUGAAUACAUCCCGUUUAUGCCUACACCAAAGAAACGAAAACAGAGUCUGUCUGGACAGUGGGCACGCAGGAAGUCACUCAUCGCUGGUGUAUCUGAUGUGAUGGUUUAAUCCUUAAAGUAUACAUACCAUAUGUACCGGAAAAUCUUCGACACAAAGUAACAGACAUACAGUUCCUGGUGUAAUAAACUGAAUCUCCUAUAUAUACCAAGGGUUUACAACUAUCUCAGUAGUAAGUGUAUAGCAAUUAAUAAAGGUAAUCAGUCUGUAAUCCUGAAGUUUGUUAGUCGAUUUACUAAAUAAAACAAGGUUAAUUUUGUAACCAGUAUUAUAAUCUUCACUCUGUCAAUUAGAAUUAUGUAUUUUAUAGAAUACCGGUAUUAGGAGUUUCGUUAUAUAAUCAAAGUCACAAAAAAUAUGGUAAUUUUACAUGAUAUGAACCUUGUGUUAACUGCGCGAGAAACUCUUUUGCGAGGAAAGAAACAUGUUGACUCUCGUUAUUUACUACAAAACUCAAUUAUCAGUUCUAAUCACUAUUGAUUCCAUCACACAAAAAUAUUUUACAUGAAGUCGGUCACGUGUUACUCACCUACAUAUGUAGUAGUACCAGUGCGAAACUCCUCUAGAAUGCCCCCCUCCCCCGAAAAAAGGCAUUCAUUCUUAAACUAUCAAAUACUAAAGAUAACAAUGUGUUUUGAUGUUGGUACAUGUAGUUUCGAUAGUAAAACCAUAUAUGGUAUUUCAUUCAAUAAUCGUAAUCGAGAAAAUAUUGUGAAGACACCGUAGAUUUUGUAUUUUUUAGAAGCUUGUCUUCUCAAUCUAGAAACAUAUCAUAUGGAUUUUGUGUAAAACUGUUAAUGAAAAUGUUUUACAUUAAAAAUGUUAUGUUUA